UCAAAAUAGAAAAAAGAAGCUCAUGGAAACUUUGUGGGAGUUGGAAGAUAAAUUGAAGGUUUCAACACUAGGUGCUGUUCUUCUACUUGCUUGUGCAAGCUUUGCACUUGUGUGCCUUUGCAUUUUUAUUAUACUUGGAAGAAAGGCCAUUAACAAUAAGAUUGUGCACCAAGAGGGUGUUAUAGAUGAUGAAAAUGAAAAUGAAAAUGCUACCACAACUACCAGUACUAGUACUACUACUACUACAUCUUCAGAAUGGUCGGAGCCAAGUUGUGUGGGGUGGAUUUCAGUGAAGAGGGUACUCAUGGGGUCAAUGUUGUGGAGCAAGGCAAGCAAAUUGGAGGAGAACAUUGCAUGGCAGAGAGAGAGGGGGUCCCCAUUGCUUGGCUUACAAAGGCAGGGUCUUGAAAGUGGGUGGCAUAGCCAUAACUCCGAUUCACCAGUGUGGCAAAGACCAAUACUGAGGGGGGAGAAGUGUGAGUUGCCAAGCUUUAGUGGCCUCAUUCUCUAUGAUGAGAAAGGGAGACUUCUUCGUGAUUCAGAGAAUGAAACUCACUUCAUGGAAAUUUCACAACAGGAAAAAGGAAAUGUUACAAUGAGAACUACUCUAAAAGAUUUACUUUAGUACUCUUAUGUUACUGGGUUUUUCUUUCUCUUGUACGUUGUAUCAGACAGACAACGAGGUUUCACAGAAAUGACAUGAUGUGAUCAGUUCAAAUAUGCAC